AUUGAGUUAUUGCACACGUGCACUUCACAGAGUAUGCGUUUCCUAACGGAAAUAUGCCCAAAUAUAUUAGAACGCGCCAAUAGGAUUUCGCUAGCGCAUGCUUGGCUCUGCCCGCCUCCUUGCUUGUUCUGCCCACUAUGACUAAUUUAUUCUCAUUGGAAACGACGAGCUGGGGUCUAUCUCGGUUUUAUAAACAUCUUUGGUGGGCCCUUCUGCUUCGAGCACGCACAGGUCUGUGCCCUUUUGGAUAACUUUGCUAGCUCAUUGAUGGACCAUAGUAGAAGAAAAUGACAGAUUACGCCGAGGAGCAGCGAAACGAGCUGGAAGCUAUAGAGUCAAUUUACCCGGACUCGUUUACAGUGCUAUCAGAGGUGCCCACCAGCUUCACCAUCACUGUGACAUCAGACGCAGGGGAAAACGAUGAAACGAUUGAAGUGACGCUACAGUUCACCUAUGUGGAGAAAUAUCCCGAUGAGGUGCCGCUGUGGGAGAUAUACUCCCAGGAGAACCUGGAGGAUUCAGACGCAGAGGGCAUCCUCACCUUACUGCAGCAGCAGGCUGAGGAAAACCUAGGAAUGGUGAUGAUAUUCACCCUAGUUACAGCAGUUCAGGACAAACUGAAUGAAUUAGUCGACGAGAUAAAAAACAGAAGAGAGGAAGAGAAGAGGCGAAAAGAGGAGGCAGCGGAAGAGGCUGAGAAGGUGCUCUUCCAAGGAACAGUGGUCACCAUCGAGAACUUCCUGUCAUGGAAAGCCAAGUUUGAGCUGGAGAUGGCUGAGUUGAGGAGGAAACGGCAGAAAGAGGAGGAGCAGCAGCAGGCUGGGAAGAUUAAACUCACAGGAAAAAAGCUAUUUGAGACCGAUCACAAUCUUGACACAUCAGAUAUACAGUUCCUGGAAGAUUCUGGAAACAGUGUUGAAGUGGACGAGUCCCUCUUCCAGGACCUUGAGGAACUCGACCUGGAUGAAGACGACCCUGACUUUGACCCUCUGGCACUGGGCAGUGAUGAGGACUGAACGAGGAAGAAGGCAGACCUGUUUUCAAAUACUAUUUAAAAUACUUUGAGCAUUUGCUCUAGCCUGCCUGGAGUGCCAGAUCGGUGGGGAUUGCAGUGUUGUGACUAUUUUAUUGGUUCCAUUGUGCCUGGCAAGCACAAUCAAGCCCAGAAGAAAGCAUUUGAAAUGAUUUCAAAUAGUAUUUGAAACCAGGUCCGGUCCCAGAUCAUCUUUAUUGCAGUCACAUUGUGCUGCACAGAUUCAGAUCCCUCAACGCCUGGAGAAGUGUUUUGCAUCUCAGGAAUGACAUCAAUUUGAUAUAGAAUUCUUCUGAGAUGCGCAGCACGACUGUAAUAUUUACGACUUUGAAUGCAACCGAUACUAACAGGAGGGGAUCAUCACAGGAAGGGAAGUCACUGUAUGUAACCAAGCCUAGGGAAGAAAGACAUCCAAUAACACCCACAUUUAUGUUCUAGACAUGAACUAUAACUCCAGUUGGCUGUAAACACAAUCACCUCAAGGCAUUUAUACACCCUGGUCAAUUAAUUGAUUUAUACCCUGAUGCCAUUAAAGAUGCACUAUGCAGAAAUCUCCGCCAUUUCCUGGUUGCAAAACCUCUAGUUUGCUUAAUUUCAGUUUGUGACAAAACAAGCAAGUAUAGUGUAGAGAAUCAUUGUACCAUCUAAACUGCUGUGAAAUGUCUCUUCCAUAAACUGGUGUACAAAACUGAAAAAUGCAAUAAUUAAACUUAAACAGGAAGCAUAGAAAUAGCACAGAUCUACUGCUUCAUAGACUUGCUUUUAAUAAGAAUGAAAGAUCUAUCAUUUGCAUUUUUAUGAA